AUGGCUCUCCGCCGACCCUUUACUCUUCCCCAGCGGUUAUUGCGACCGGUGGUUCGCUAUGCAGAUCUCAGAGCUGGUCUCGCAACAGCAGUUCCGCCCGUUACUCAAGGUAUGACAGGCUCUAAGGGUCCAACCGCGAUGGUUUUCCUGAACAUGGGAGGACCAUCAAUUACGAGUGAAGUGGAGGAUUUUCUGAGCAGGUUAUUUGCGGACGCCGAUCUGAUCCCUCUAGGACGACUUCAAUCAUACCUUGCCCCCCUCAUCGCCCGGAGAAGGACCCCGAAGAUCAUCAAGCAGUAUUCAGAGAUCGGAGGCGGCUCACCUAUUAGAAAAUGGUCAGAGUAUCAAUGCGAGGAAAUGUGCAAGCUCCUCGACAAGUUGAAUCCCGAGACUGCGCCGCACAAGCCUUACGUGGCAUUUCGUUAUGCAGCGCCAUUGACAGAAGAAAUGUACUCGAGGUUGCUGAAAGAUGGAUUUGGGAAUGGGAAGGGAGGCCGUGCGGUCGCCUUCACGCAAUAUCCCCAGUAUUCCUGCUCUACAACAGGAAGUUCUCUUAACGAGUUGUGGAAAUGGCGAAACCGCCUCGAGGGUGGUAGGGCAAACGGUAACGCGGAUCCCGGAUCUAUCCAGUGGAGUGUGAUCGAUCGGUGGCCUACUCACCCCGGGCUAGUGGAAGCUUUCGCAAGGAACAUCGAAGAUCAACUCAAAACUUACCCGGAAGAUAAACGGAGCGGCGUGGUUCUGCUAUUUUCUGCCCAUAGCUUGCCCAUGAGUGUUGUGAACAGAGGUGAUCCGUACCCAGCCGAAGUGGCUGCGACUGUGCAUGCGGUAAUGCAAAGACUUAAUUUUAGCAACCCCUACCGACUCUGCUGGCAGUCUCAGGUGGGACCCAAGGCGUGGCUUGGAGCCCAGACGAGCGAUACAGUCCAGGAAUAUGUAAAGCGUGGUCAAACCGAUAUCAUUCUUGUGCCUAUUGCCUUCACCAGUGAUCAUAUUGAGACGCUGUACGAGUUAGACCUCGAAGUUAUGGAGGAGGCGAAUCAUCCCGGUGUCAAGCGAGCAGAGAGUCUAAACGGAAACCCUGUUUUUAUUGAGGCUCUUGCAGAUAUUGCUCAACAGCACUUGCAAAAAGGCCAGGCUAAGGACCCGGAUUUCCUCGGGCCGUGCAUCCAGCUUUUCGAGGAAAUGGAGAAAACCAAACAAGUCCAGUCUCGAGUUGCUCGAUUACAACUCUAUCUCAAUUUAACUGGCGGAAUCCUGUCAGCACUGGUCAGUCCUCGGCUGGGACACUUGUCAGAUAUUUAUGGCAGGACGCGUAUCCUGGCUGUGAACGCGCUAGGAAUAAUGCUCUCGGAAUUAGUUGUCGUGAUUGUCGCGGCCAAUUCAGCUUAUAUGCCUUCAAAUGCACUCUUUCUUUAUGCUUUGUUGGACGGACUUGCGGGAGCUUUCACGAGUACAAUGGCGCUGACAGCCUCCUAUGCUUCUGAUUGUACUUCCCCAGAGAAGCGCAGUGUAGCAUUUGGGUUCUUACAUGGCUGCUUUUUCAUUGGUACCUCGGGCGGACCACUCCUUGUGGCUCUUCUCUUGAAAUUGAAGGGGGAUAUAAUGUUUGUUUUCUACUGUAUGUUAGCGCUAAAUGUGCUCUUUUUCCUGGCUGUCUUGCUCGUCCUUCCAGAGUCACUUUCCAAGGAGCGACAACGGGCUGCACGAGUACUGUGCUGGGAGAAUCUCUCCCAGAAAGAAGAUAGCUGGCUGUCAUUCAAACGGUGGAAUCCCAAAAAUAUUUUUACGCCUCUCUCGAUACUAUUCCCAGUCGUUGGACACCCAAGCAAGCUAUUUCCCAACCGGCGAGGUGCCAGCCCGGCCUUACGACGAAAUAUUAUUCUCCUUGCCUCCAUUGACACGGUCGGGUUUGGUACGGCUAUGGCGAUGUCCCAGAUUCUCAUUAUCUAUGCAGGAUACAUGUUCGGCUGGGGGAAUGUUGAAUCAAGCAUCUUUAUCUUUAUUAUCAGUGCUGUUCGCGUGGUCAAUCUUUUCGUUGCGCUCCCCAUUGUGACUUGGAUCUUCCCGGAGAAACAAAGACAGGGUGAUGCUAUUUUGGGCUCCAGCAUGCUUGAAAUCACCCUCAUACGAGCCUCCCUCAUGAUUGACAUGCUUGGAUAUGGGGGGUUCGCAUUGGCCAAGAGUGGUUCAGUAUUGACUCUUUCGGGGAUUGUUGCAUCACUAGGAGGGAUGGGGAUGCCGAUGUUGCAAUCAUCCAUUACCAAACAUGUCCCUCGUGAUCGAAUAGGGCAGAUACUGGGUGCCAAAGGCCUCCUACAUGCCAUGUCUCGAGUCAUAGCGCCUACGGUUUGCAAUUUUAUAUACAGUCUUACUGUGGGUAAGUACACCCAGAUGGUAUUUGUCUGCCUGGCAGCUGUCUUCGGUGUUGCAUUUUGCAGCAGCCUUUGUCUGAGACCAAAUGGUGAAUGUCUAUUCGCCCGCUUGCGGCGGUGCAGAGGUUUCACUGUCAUGAUACCUAAAUCAGCAACGAACGGCACCCCGGCCGUUCCCUCGAGAAAUGCCUUGCGUGUCCUCCGCCGGCUGGCCCUUGCCGGUUCGACUGUUGGCAGUUUUUGCACUGUCGCAGCUAUCACUUAUGAUGUUCAUCGCAGAGUUCGUGUCGCCGAACGCAUAGUCGAGAAUAAACGCGCCCUCCAAACCUCCGCCCCCAAUUACGAUGCGACUUCUGCGGCGAAAAGACUGGCUCGUAUGAUGGAGGCCGCUGAGGCAGGCGAGUUUAACGGUAUGGAUACUUUUAAGGAGGAGGAUCGGAAGCUGCAUUAUGCGCAGCCUCCGCAUGUUGAGCGUGGAUCGGGAACUCUCAGUGAUGAGAUGUCAGCGACCGGCAGGGUAGAGAAUGUGGAGGAACAAACCCGAGCGGAGGCUUUCCUGGAUGCUGCUCAUUCAAAUUUAGUGGGCACACAUAACCUUAGAAGCACUCCAAGACAGAGCACCGAUUUCCGCACCCGCAAACACUUGCGAACCCCGGGUGCCAUUAGCCAAUCCGGGUUUGUUACUAAAAGGGUCAAUGCAGACGGAGACGUAGAUAUGUGGGAGACUACGGAAGCACCUGAACGGCGGUCCAUUCCAGAACAAAUGCAGGAACUCCUUGACCGUGGUCGGCCUAUUGAUGCAGCGCAAAUCUUUCUAGAUGCACAUUCUUCAUCCUUGAAUGGUAUCUCUUCGGAUAGGAGGGAGCUCGCUGUGCAGACUUUCUAUAUCAACUGCAAGGAAGAAAAUGUGUUUGUCGCACGGAGCAUCUUUGAACGCCUGGAAGAGGUAGAUAAGAUCUCCCCGGGUAUGUGGAAGAUUUUGAUGUUUGCCUUGGCAAAAAAGGGUUGCGUUGAAUCAGUUGCGACUAUCUACACUCACUAUAUGCACAAAUUCCAGGUCUCUCCGGAAUUGGUGGAUAUUGUGCUCCGCUGUCUGCUUGAGUCACAUCGACUCACCACAGCGAAAUGGUUUCUAUUCAGGAAUCUCCAGGCGGAUCGAGAUUGUGGUUUGUGUGGUGCCUAUCUUACGGGUCUUUGGAGGAAAACGAGGAGCAUCGAGCUUCUAAACGGACAAUUGAAGAAGAUAUUGACCAUACUGCCACGUCUGGGGAAGGAUCCUAGCGACAAGCUUUUUAAUCCGGUUGUCAAGGCCUAUGUUGAAUUCGGCAGGUUAGCGGAUGCCGAGGCCUUGGUGAAGAGUAUGAUGACUACUUAUCAACUCCCACUUCGCUGUCGUACGAAGGGUCUCCUGGUUUACGGUAAGGCCCUAGCGUGCAACUGGGACGGAGUCGAAGCGGGUCUCCAAGAGAUGCAUGAACUCAAACUAACGUCGCGUCGGCGUGAUUUUAUGCCCAUCUUCGACCGCAUAUUCCUCGAGUACUGGGUGUCUCAUCAAGGUCACCAAAUUCGUGACUUUGUCAUUCGCUAUAUUGAUAAAUUUAACAUUGUACCCGAUCGGGUUCUGUACAAGCAUAUCCUGGAAGCCUUCGUGGAGAAGGGUAACAAGGCUAUGAUCGACGAAUUUACUGGAAUGGCGCACGAGCGUUCUUGGAAGAUUCCCAUCAACGAACAAGAAUUUCUGGAGAUAUUACGAUCCCGCCGCCUGGCACUUGAGGGUGCCCCAGUAGGUUUCUGGCAAAUGUUGCAAGCGGCUAGGGUGAAAUAUGGACAGGCGUCUACUUCACAACAGAUCCUCGGUUAUGAUCAACAUUCGUUCCCAAUACCCGAAGUCAAUACUAUGCCUUUCACUCAGCAUCCGUUGCCGUGGUAUCAGCGGACCCUGCAAGAAAUGACACCGUCCAGGCCCGUCGACCAAUAUCAGAAGCUACACAAGCAGAUGGCACAUUACAUGCACGUCGGGAAAAUGACCGAGGCCUUGAAAUGCUUCCAGAACGCAAAGAACGCAAAAUUCCAGGUGAAACAACUUCAUGUUGAGUUGGCUGUAGUUGCAACACUCCUUGAGCAUGGUCUUAAUGCAGCUCGAGCACUAAUCGAAGCUGAAUGGCGAAAUAUCCGACACCUAGUCCGGUUCUUCCCUAUCUUCUUCCGUCAGAUCAUGGAAGUGGACCCUUCUGCUGAGGGUGAAAUCAUCAAAAUGGCCGUGCUUCGAUUCUAUCAGCUUUGCUGGACGAAUAAGAAUAUGAUCGUGAAGCAUCAUAUAACGAUAGCUACUAGUAGGCGACUGAUCGCCUCAUGCAAGCCCGAAUGGGCGCUAGAUCUCAUGGCAGCAGUGUAUAUGUCCCGCUACCGGCGCUCGACAGCCUUUGAUGGAGUCUGCAUGAAAAUGUUUGUGCGAGCUUUUGCCGCAUUGGAUAACAUCCCCGGAAUUCGGUGGUGCAUUCUAACCGGUCUUGCUCGGGGAGCCGCUGUCAACCGCGAUUUCGUGGUCGAGGUUCGCCGGAUCAUCGGAAUCCUGGAGCGCAAACUGCAUUCCAACUCCCUUUCAGCAAGGGAGGCAUCAAAAACGCUGGAAUACCUCGGCCACAUGGCUGAUUUGUUGGCGAAAAAAUGCGAAGGGGAACCCCAAAUAUGGGAACUAAAAUCCAAUCCGGCUGUCAAACGGGCGUCCCGUCGGCGGUUGAAACGGCCUUUAGAUGAACGACGUCUAUACAACAACACUGACAUCCGCCAAGUGAUCGAGGCAUGGGAUGAGGAAUAUGAAUUGGAAGCCGUGUUGGGUCGAAUUGACACUAACCCAAAGUCCGUGGCAGCUCGAUGGAAAGAAGCGCAAUGUCUAGGUCAGAACCAAGGAGUGGAGGAAUGA